CCUUAUGGGCUCCUAAUGGGGGUCACGCACGGCCGCUUUAUGGCCCCGGCAGCGAUAAGGCGGCGGCUAAUUGCGGCGGCACCAAUUAGCCGGCGGGUGCGCUGCUCCGCUGCCGGGAACGGCGCCCGGCAACGCUCGGGCUCGGUCCCGGGCUCGGGCUCGGUCCCGGGGGCGGGGCGGGGGUCGGGGCCGCCCGCGGCGCGGUGUAACCCGAGCGCCGCCCUACAAAGUGCCCGCGCCCGCGGCGGCGGCAGAGCGCGGCCAAGGCGGCGGCGGAGCCAGCUCCAGGCCGGGGGCCGCCAUGGGGACGGGGCGCUGAGCCCGGUACGGCUCGGUACGGCUCGGUACGGCACGGUACGGGUCGGUACGGGUCGCUACGGCACGGCCCCGGAGGCGGCGGCGGCGGCGGCGGACUUUGCCCCGGUCCUCCCCGCACCGCGCGGGUGGCUCCGCCGGGGGAGCCGCGCACCGCCGGAGGCCGGGAAGAUGCGGCCGCUCUGGCACGUCCUGGCCGGGCUGCUGCUGGCGGCUCGGCCCGCCGCCUCCCGCCGAGGGGCGAUGGAGACAGAGCUGUUCGAGAGCCCCUUGCUGGAGUCGGAGGAGGAACAUCUCCUGCUGGACCCAGGCAACGUGCUGAAGCUGUACUGCGACGCCAACCACAGCGGUGCCAGCGUGGUCUGGUACAAGGAGUCCAGGCCGCUGGUCCCGGGGGGCCGCGUCCAUCUCCAGCAGAGCUUGUUGGAGAUCUCCGAGGUCGCCUACGAGGACUCGGGGCUCUACGUGUGCCGGGCCCGGGGCACCGGGGAGAUCCUGCGCAACUUCACCAUCUCCGUCGUGGACUCGCUGGCAUCGGGCGAUGACGAUGAAGACAGCGAUGGGGACGGCCCCCACGGAGACCGCGGUGAGGAGCCCGUCUACGUGCACAGAGCGCCGUACUGGACCCACCCGCACCGGAUGGACAAGAAGCUGUACGCCGUCCCCGCGGGGAACACCGUCAAGUUUCGCUGCCCGGCCUCGGGCAGCCCCAGCCCCAGCAUCCGCUGGUUCAAGAACGGGCGUGAAUUCCGGGGGGAGCACCGCAUCGGGGGCAUCCGGCUCCGGCACCAGCACUGGAGCCUGGUCAUGGAGAGCGUGGUGCCCUCCGACCGCGGCAACUACACCUGCCUGGUGGAGAACAGGUUCGGGAGCAUCCGCUACAGCUACCUGCUGGAUGUGCUGGAGAGGUCCCCGCACCGGCCCAUCCUGCAGGCAGGGCUCCCCGCCAACACCACGGCCCUGGUGGGCAGCGACGUGGAGUUCUUCUGCAAGGUGUACAGCGACGCCCAGCCCCACAUCCAGUGGCUGAAGCACAUCGAGGUGAACGGCAGCAGCUACGGCCCCGACGGGGUGCCCUACGUGCAAGUGCUCAAGACUGCAGAUAUCAACAGCUCGGAGGUGGAGGUGCUGUACCUGCGCAACGUCUCCAUGGAGGACGCGGGCGAGUACACCUGCCUGGCGGGGAACUCCAUCGGCCUCUCCUACCAGUCGGCCUGGCUCACCGUGCUCCCAGAAGAGGAGCUGGUGCGAGAGGCCGAGCCCCCCGAGGCCAAGUACACGGAUAUCAUCAUCUACACGUCGGGCUCGCUGGCCGUGGCCAUGGCCAUCAUCAUCGUGGUGCUGUGCCGGAUGCAGACGCAGUCGAGCAAGCAGCCCCUGGAGCCCAUGGCGGUCCACAAGCUCUCCAAAUUCCCGCUCAUCCGGCAGUUCUCCCUGGACUCCAGCUCCUCCGGGAAGUCCAGCACGUCCCUGAUGCGCGUCACUCGCCUCUCCUCCAGCUGUGCCCCCAUGCUGGCGGGGGUCAUGGAGCUGGACCUGCCCCUCGACUCCAAGUGGGAGUUCCCCCGGGACAAGCUGGUGCUGGGCAAGCCCCUGGGAGAGGGCUGCUUCGGGCAGGUGGUGCGGGCAGAGGCGUACGGCAUCGACAGGGAGCGGCCGGACAGAGCCGUCACCGUGGCUGUGAAGAUGCUCAAAGACAAUGCCACCGACAAGGACCUGGCCGACCUCAUCUCCGAGAUGGAGAUGAUGAAGCUGAUGGACAAGCACAAGAACAUCAUCAACCUCCUGGGCGUCUGCACGCAGGACGGGCCGCUGUACGUGAUCGUGGAGUUCGCAGCCAAGGGCAACCUGCGCGAGUACCUCCGCGCCCGGCGCCCUCCCACGCCCGACUACACCUUCGACAUCACGGCGCUGCCCGAGGAGCAGCUCUCCUUCAAGGACCUGGUGUCCUGCGUCUACCAGGUGGCCCGCGGCAUGGAGUACCUGGAGUCCAAGCGGUGCAUCCACCGCGACCUGGCUGCCCGCAAUGUGCUGGUCACAGCAGAGAGCGUGAUGAAAAUCGCCGACUUCGGCUUGGCCAGGGACGUCCACGACAUCGACUACUACAAGAAAACCAGCAACGGCCGCCUGCCCGUGAAGUGGAUGGCACCAGAGGCUCUGUUUGACCGCGUCUACACCCACCAGAGCGACGUGUGGUCCUUUGGGAUCCUGAUGUGGGAGAUCUUCACCCUGGGCGGCUCCCCCUACCCCGGCAUCCCCGUGGAGGAGCUCUUCAAGCUGCUGAAGGAGGGGCACCGCAUGGACCGGCCGUCCAACUGCACCCACGAGCUGUACAUGCUGAUGCGGGAGUGCUGGCACGCCGUGCCCUCGCAGCGCCCCACCUUCAAGCAGCUGGUGGAGGGGCUGGACAAGAUCCUGGCGGCCGUCUCGGAGGAGUACCUGGACCUCUCCAUGCCCUUCGAGCAGUACUCGCCCUCCUGCGAGGACACCACCAGCACCUGCUCCUCGGACGACUCCGUCUUCACCCACGACCCGCUGCCGCUCGCCCCCUGCCUCUUCACCUACCCCAGCGUGAGGACUUAAGGGCAGGGCAGGGCAGGGCGAUGCCGUGGAGCGGAUCCAAGCAGGGCUGUUCCCUGCUGCACCCAGCGUCAGCAGCGCAGGGGGUGCCCCCCUCCCCGGGGAACGGGCUCCUUUCCCCCCCCAUUUCUGCACAAAGCCUCCAGUCCUGGCCGGGUCCCAGCAAUGCAGGGCUGAGCGAGCCUCUGCCUGGUGUUGGGGGGCAGGGGGGGCACUGCACCACGGUGCCCCCGGGGCGCAGGGCUGUGUCCAGGGUUUGGAUGGAAGCGUCUCCUGGCGGGAGCCCCGCUGCCUGCCUCUGUACAUAGCCAUAGAGAUGAAUAUUUAUGUACGUGAAAUAUCGACCUGAUAAAUUAUUUUUUUUUGGAAUAGA